ACGUGGUCAAGGAGUCGUGAUACGUAGCCGUGUUACUUUUGUUUAGUUAAUAAUAUUAUAUAUAUAUUAUUAUAAGUAUAUAUUUGUAUUGUAAAAACGUGUCGUGGUGUUAUUAAAUAAUAAUACAAGAACAACAAAAUGGAUACGCCGAGGGAACGUGAGAUUGCGGCUGAGGAUAGCAUCAGAGUUGUCUGUAGAUUUCGACCACUUAAUGAUUCUGAAGAGAAAGCUGGCUCCAAAUUUGUUGUUAAAUUUCCCUCCGGUGGCGAAGAAAACUGUAUAUCUAUUGGAGGUAAAGUUUACCUGUUUGAUAAAGUAUUCAAACCAAAUGCAACACAAGACAAAGUCUACAAUGAAGCUGCUAAAUCGAUUGUCACUGAUGUUCUUGCUGGAUACAACGGCACAAUCUUCGCUUAUGGGCAAACAUCAUCCGGUAAAACUCAUACCAUGGAAGGAGUUAUUGGAGACGCUAAUAAACAGGGAAUUAUACCUAGGAUUGUUAACGAUAUUUUCAAUCAUAUUUAUGGUAUGGAGGAGAAUUUGGAAUUCCAUAUUAAAGUUUCUUAUUUUGAAAUUUAUAUGGACAAAAUUAGAGAUCUACUGGAUGUGUCCAAGGUAAAUUUAAGCGUUCAUGAAGAUAAAAACCGUGUUCCUUUCGUGAAGGGAGCAACUGAAAGAUUUGUGUCUAGUCCAGAAGAAGUAUUCGAAGUUAUUGAAGAGGGAAAAUCGAAUCGACAUAUAGCUGUAACAAAUAUGAAUGAGCACAGUUCUCGUUCGCAUUCUGUUUUCUUAAUAAAUGUUAAGCAAGAAAACUUAGAGAACCAAAAGAAAUUAUCGGGUAAAUUGUACCUGGUAGAUUUGGCAGGUUCUGAAAAAGUUUCUAAAACUGGUGCUGAAGGUACAGUACUUGACGAAGCUAAAAAUAUUAACAAAUCUCUGUCGGCGUUGGGUAAUGUAAUAUCUGCGUUAGCUGACGGUAAUAAAACUCACAUACCGUAUCGAGAUUCUAAAUUGACACGUAUCCUUCAAGAAUCACUUGGUGGUAACGCUAGAACAACAAUUAUAAUAUGUUGCUCUCCUGCGAGUUUUAAUGAAUCUGAAACUAAAUCAACAUUAGAUUUUGGUAAACGAGCUAAGACUAUCAAGAAUGUUGUAUGCGUUAACGAAGAAUUGACUGCAGAAGAGUGGAAACGUCGUUAUGAGAAAGAAAAAGAGAAGGCUGCAAGAUUGAAAGGAAAGGUCGAGAAAUUAGAGGUUGAAUUAUCACGCUGGCGUCAAGGAGAGACUGUCAAGCCAGAAGAACAAGUUAAUCUAGUCGAGGCACCUGAAGUAAUAAUACCACCUCCAAAUGUCGUUGUUAAAGAUGACGGACCUAUGCCGGCUAUUCCUGGUGGCGGACUUAUGGCUGGUUCUCUUUCAAACGAAGAACGCCAGAAGCUCGAAGAAGAACGUGAACGAUUGUACCAGCAGCUUGAUGAAAAGGAUGAAGAAAUAAACCAACAGUCACAGUAUCUUGAAAAGUUGAAAGAACAACUCGACGAACAAGAAGAACUUAUUGCCAGUGCUCGCCGUGAUUACGAACAACUACAGCAAGAAAUGAAUACUAUUAACCAAGAGACUGAAAGCGCUAAAGAGGAAGUUAAAGAAGUAUUGCAAGCGCUCGAAGAAUUGGCUGUCAAUUAUGAUCAGAAGUCACAGGAAGUUGAAAUUAAAAAUAAAGAACAUGAGACUUUGUCGGAGGAAUUGCUGGCUAAACAAACUGCACUUAAUUCAACCAUGUCUGAGUUACAACAAUUACGUGACAUGUCUACUCACCAACGUAAAAGAACUGCUGAGAUGUUGACUAAUUUAUUGAAAGAUCUGGGAGAAAUUGGUGUCGCUAUUGGCGGAGAUGAAAAUCUCAAGUGUCAAAUAACGCCUGAUAUCAAUGGAAAAGUAGAAGAAGAAUUUACAGUAGCAAGAUUAUACAUUAGUAAAAUGAAAUCAGAAGUUAAGAAUUUAGUACAACGUUGUCAGGGAUUAGAAACAUUCCAAGCGGAUUGUAAUAAGAAGAUAUCAGAGUAUGAAAAAGAACUUGGUGAGUGCCGAUUAUUGAUCUCUCAGCACGAGGCACGUAUGCAGACACUUUCAGAGUCGAUGAAAGAAGCAGAGGCACGUAAACGUAGUUUAGAAGAGAAUCUUGAUUCUCUUCGUGAAGAAUGCGCUAAACUCAAAGCGGCUGAACAAGUCCAAGCUGUCACCAACAAAGAAAAAGCCGAAGAACAAGAGGCUGCGACGAAAAUGCGAGCUGCCUUGAAGGAACAAAUGGACCAACUGCACAAUGAUCACCUGAGUCAAAUGGCUGUACUGAGAGAUGAAAUAUCUGAGAAACAAAAUAUAAUUAGUGAACUUAAGGAUCUCAACCAGAAAUUCACAUUAGCUCACCAGCAAAUGCAGUCCGAUUACGAACGAUUAAAACAAGAGGAAGCUGAGAAAUCUGCUAAAUUACAAGAGCUGAUAUUAAUGAACGAACGCCGUGAACAAGCUAGAAAAGAUCUUAAGGGAUUGGAAGACACUGUUGCUAAAGAGCUUCAAACUCUUCACAAUCUUCGUAAACUCUUUGUUCAAGAUCUUCAGGUCAGAAUUAAGAAAUCUUCGAUUGCCGAAGACAAUGAAGAUGAUGGAGGUUCUUUGGCACAAAAACAAAAGAUUUCAUUCCUCGAGAAUAAUCUCGAUCAACUUACAAAGGUUCACAAACAAUUGGUCAGAGAUAACGCUGACUUGCGAUGUGAGUUGCCUAAAUUAGAGAAAAGGUUACGAGCCACUAUGGAACGUGUUAAAGCUCUCGAGACUGCACUACGUGAUGCCAAAGAAGGUGCAAUGCGAGAUCGUAAACGAUACCAAUAUGAAGUGGAUAGAAUUAAGGAAGCAGUAAGACAGAAAAAUUUGGCACGACGUGGACCUAGCGCACAAAUCGCCAAACCAAUUCGCGCUGGACAACAUCAUGUUAGUGGUGUUAAUGCUAUUCGAACUGGAAACAGGGAUGUGGAUUUACACGUUCCUCGGUCGUGAACGUAAAACGAAAUUCUUCACUUUUACAGAAAAUGAACGCAAGAAUGCAUUUGCCGAUGAAAAGAAACGAAUUCCCGAUUUGGAUUUAAUUUACAACUCUUACACAUAAAUAAAUAAAAAAAAAACUAAAAAAUAAAGUUAAACAUGAUCCACAAACAAUAAGAUUUUAAGGAAAUAAUUAGAAGUAAUACAUUUUAUUUGCAACGAGCACCAUCCGUUUCUUUCAAUCAUCAACAACAAAAAUAAAUAAUUUAAAGAAGAAGAAAAGAUAAUUAUAAAAUAAUUAUUAAGCAUGUGCGUAGAUUAAUUGCUAAGAUAGGUUUUAAAUUACUCUGUAAUACUGCAUGUCUCAUCGAUUUGUAAAUAGUUAAUUUUUUAUAAAUUAUUUUAUUUAAAUGUGAAAGCGUGUUACAUCGAGAAAUAACACACAUUUACAUCUCUAUUAAUAUAUUAUUAUAAAGUUGUUUAUUUAAUUUCUUGCGAUAAAUUACUAUUAUUACUGUCAUUAUUAUAAUAAUAAUUAUUAUUAUUAAUCAAAGUAUUUCGGUAAAUGCGCUUUCAUUAUGCACAUAUUGUAACGUUGAUAUGCAAACGAUCAAGAUUAACAAAUAUUUAAAAUACAAUAUAAACUUGGAAAAAAAAAAAAAAAAAAAAAAAAAAAAAAAACGAACGUUCGGUUUAAAAAAUUGGAUAUAAUAACACCAUUGGGUUAAUGGAUUUUGGACCCACGUGAAACAUAGAACACCCAAAAAAUCGGAUCUAAUAAAUGAUACAUUGAAUAAAGCCACUUCAGUCCUAAUACAUACAUAAUAAUUAUAUAAAUAUUUAAAUAAUAAUAACAAAAUAAAACAGGUUUGACAGAUUGAGAUUGAUUGAAUUGCUUAUAAUGAAAUAACGAUUUGACAUGCAGUUAAGAAUUGUACGAAUGAUUGUGGCUUAAUAUGUAAUUUACAAUUGUAAACGUGAUUUUUUAUCGCUGUCUUCGUAUGACAGUAAUUAUACUUUUAAUGACAUUUGAAAUGUUAAUAAUCAACUUAAGUCCAAAUGUAAUAAAUUUAGGGAGAAAAAAAAACGGAUUUAACGCAUUGAAUUAAUUGAAGGGCUCACUUAAUAAUGUUAAGUGUUCUAGUUACUUCUUACGAUUUUUCACUCAAUGCUUAAAACCGUUUUUUUUCCCUAAUUUUUCUAUAAUAUUUACAAAAUAAUGUCCUGAUUAUUAUUGUUGAUUAUUAUUUUUUUUGUAUGGCUUAUACAUCUUCAAUUUAAUCGUAAUACCCAUUGUAUUUUUAUUAAUUAUUAUUCAUUGUUUAGAGGCUCACACUGUAGUUUAGAUAAUCAUUAUAAUUGUUAAUAUAUAAUAUUAUUUUUAAUUAUCAUUACUUCACAAUUCAAUUUAUUAUUUAAUCAUUUUUGUCAUCAAUUUAAUUUAAUUAUUUAUAUCAAUGUCAUAGUUCAUGCGACAAAUGCAAUUAUUAUUUAUCAUUAUAUUUUUUAUUUAAAACAGCAAAAAGAAAUUCUACAAUGAUAAAUUGAUUACAAAAAAAACUAAAAAAAAAAAAAAUAUCCGAAUCUAUGUUAUCUCUGGUGCAAUAAUUGUAUACUGAAUGUCGCUAUUACUGUAAUAAUAAUUUUUUUUUAAGACUUGCUAUUUUAUGAGCUUAUUAAUUACAUAAAAAAUAAUAAUGUGCUUUAGAAUUAUUUUGCUCGCUGUAUUAUUUGUAUAAUUUAUAAUUUACGAGCCACGUGUACUUGAUAUUAAUGUAUUUAAAAUACAGUUGCGGUGUCGUAUGUUAUUAUCAAUUAAUAUUAUUAUUAUUAUUAUUAUUAUUUAAGAUUUAAUGCUAAAUUAACUGCAGGUUGUAAACAAUGCAAGUCUUAUGCGUAAUUUUAAAUCACCACUUGCAAUCAACUAGGUAGAAAAAAAAAUUAAUCAAUUGUAUUACUGGCGAUGAUCCAUGGAAUCUCAUAAAUAAUUUACAAAUUUUGCCAUUUAUUUGCAAAUUUUUUUCUUUUAUUUUAUUUUAUAAGUUAAUUUCUAUUUAAAAUAAAAAAUAACUAAAUAUGAAAAGAUUUUUGUAUGUAAAUAUUUAAAAAUGCUUGAAAAUGGGUAAGCUGCUAAUGUUUACGUAUUUUUAUUAUCAUAUUUUUCGUCAACGGUUUGACACUGCUAAUAUCAAUACUGUACUUCAAAUUAUAAUUUUUCAAUUCAAGUCAGCACAGUAAAUUUUUUUUCUUUUUUUAUUAAUAAUAAGUAUCGCACCUUUGAGUAAAAGUAUCAAAGGGAAAUCAAAUAAGAAUGCGAAUACUUGUUCAUAUUAAUUUUGUUAAUAUCAAAUGUGUUACAAAAUUAUAAAAUCGAUUAUGACAUUAUUAUUAUUACUAUCAUAAGAAAUAAAAUAAAUACUUAAAUAAAUUUUUGCAGUAUGUAAUAAUAAAAAUAUAAAUAAUAAUAAUAAUAAUAAUAAUAAUAAUAAUGAUUAAUAAUAAUAGACUAUUUGUUCGCUCUUGGUAUGCACAAACCAUAAAUUUGGGUCAAUAAUCGUUGAUAAAUAUUGUGUGGUGUUAUAAGAGAACACUCUACCGAUUAAUAGAUUUACGUCAUAAUUUCAAUUACCGCUGGCAUAUGUCACCAUUAAU